GCACUAACCCACGUGUUCACAGCAGUGAGAGAGCUAGCUGUCGCUCACACUGGCGCUGUCUCUUAAUUAAUCUAGUCAAGAUGAGGCCAUUAACCGACGAGGAGACGAAAACGAUGUUUGAGAAACUGUCGAAAUACAUCGGUGAAAACAUCAAACUCCUCGUGGAUCGACCGGACGGCACCUACUGUUUCAGGCUCCACAAUGACCGCGUGUACUACAUGAGUGAGAAAAUCCUUAAACUGGCCACAAACAUAUCCCGGGACAAGCUCGUGUCUGUGGGCACCUGUUUUGGAAAGUUCACAAAAACCCACAAAUUCCGCCUGCACAUCACAGCUCUGGAUUUCCUGGCGCCCUAUGCAAAGUUCAAGGUGUGGGUGAAGCCUGGAGCAGAGCAGUCCUUCCUGUAUGGGAACCAUGUGCUGAAAUCUGGGCUCGGCAGGAUCACAGACAACACAAUGCAGUACCAGGGGGUUGUGGUCUACUCCAUGGCAGAUGUGCCCCUGGGUUUUGGAGUGGCAGCAAAAUCUACACAGGAGUGCCGGCGAGUCGACCCCAUGACCAUUGUCGUGUUCCAUCAGGCAGACGUCGGAGAGUUCAUCAGGAGCGAGGACACAUUGACAUAGACCGUGACAGGGUGGAUCCCCAACUGGACUGGCGAUCAUGCUUUCUUUACCUUUACUCAGAAACAGGCCGUUUCACACCCGGAGGUGGUGCAUCACAGCUGCUGUCUUCACUGGUUUGCCUCUGAGCUGCUCCACUGGAGUAGCUGGGCUGAAGAGCCUGGCUCAGCUGACUGCAGAUCUUCAUACUGAAACAGUCUCUGCCCAGGCCAGGGACUGAAACAAGGACUUUGUGUAUUGAAAAGCCUGCUUCACGCAGUUUGGGGCUUUCUCUGCUCUUCCAUCUCAACAGUGAGCCAGUGACUGAGGUGCACAGGAGCUGUCAGGGCCCUACCAACAUUGUCACUCGCACUCAGUUUUAUGUAAAAUCUUGUGAAAAUGAAAAGCAUUGCCUUUCUAUUUGUGUAUAGUGUCACUGUUUUCCAAAUAAAUUCAAUGUAUUUCUGAUUUUGGAUUCAGAAGCUUGUUAAAAUUGAACUGUGCAUAAAUUGUUUACAUCCAGAAAUAACUGAGUUGUCUUUCCAUCUGUUUUUAAUAGUAGGUAACUUAAGCCAAA